UUCUAAUUUUAUUAGACGUAUUUAAAACUGAACUGGGAAGUCAAUAACUGUAAUUAUAAAAUAAUUAUAAACACGAGUCAUUCAGAAACGGCUCAGAGAAAAGACAUGAACUGAUUAAUAAACAAAAUGGAAAAUGAAGAAAAAAAGUGUUUGGUAUCCAUUGCCAUUGUGUUCACUAUCGGACUAGCUAUUGCGUCUCUGACUUGCACAAUUACAUUUCAUUACGAAUUGCAACAAGGAAUAAAGGAACUAAAUGGAGCAAGAGAUGAGAUUAAUGAACUUAGGUCCCGUAUGGAUAGUCUUGAAUUGCAGCAGUUGAUAUACGACAACAUUUAUGAUGGUGAUAAAACAGAUGUUAAGCAAGACGAAUCCGUUCUUCAGCUGAAGCGAAGGAAGCGUCAAAUUACACCUGCAAGUAACGCUGGGUAUUGUCGAGAUGGGCGAGAUGGAUUGAUAGGACCAGGCGGGCCACCCGGUCCACCCGGGAGAGAUGGAUUACCUGGGAGAGAUGGAAUCGCUGGUAGAGAUGGGAAGGAUGGAUCAAAUGGUCAUGGAUUAUCAGAAGAGCAUGUCACAAAACUGAUGGAUACAUUUCGCCAGGAUGAGUCCAGAAAUGUAUCUACUGGUAUACAGGGUAGCCCAGGACCACCUGGCCCUAGAGGACCUCCUGGGAUAGGUGGUCCCGCAGGAGGUGCUGUUUAUGUGAGAUGGGGGAGAACAACCUGUCCGGUUAAUAGGGAGAAGUUAUAUUCAGGCAUAAUGGGACUAUCUCACUAUACACACACUGGGUCAGGAAGUAACUACCUUUGUCUCCCAGAGGUGCCAGAAUGGGGCAAGACCACAGAUGGUGAACAGUCAGGGGCCUAUAUCUACGGAGUCGAGUAUGAAAUUCAGGUCAAUAGCCCAUUCAAAACAGACAACUACCCCGACCCAAGUAAACCUUCCACAUGGCUUCAUGACCACGACGCUGUGUGCGCAGUUUGCAGAGUCCCUGACAGAAGCAGUGGUGUUAUGAUUCCUGCACAAAAGUCAUGCCCUGAUACAUGGACACGAGAGUAUAAUGGCUACCUCAUGAGCCAGCAUCACACUCAACAGAAGUCGGAGUUUAUUUGCGUUGAUGAGGCACCCGAGGCAGAUAUAAGUGGAUAUGAGAACAAGGAUGGGGGAUUGCUUUACUUAGUUGAGGCCCAUUGUGGCGCUCUCCCUUGUCCAAACUACCACCAAGGAUACGAACUUACGUGUGCAGUAUGCAGCAAGUAAAGAUCGUGAUCUUCUCUUCGUUCCGUACUCCUUUAUAGUAUUCAGCUAUUGUACAGUCAUUAUAAUUAAGAACCAACUGUGCAAAACAAUGAUUAUUCAACCAUCCAUUAUAUUACCCCUUGUAAAUAAAAGAUAUAUCAUUGAAAAGAGGAGA